AUGGAUAGAGAUUCUAAGUACGUCUACCUUUUCAACAAAUUUUCAACGAGGGAGUCAAGGGAAAGGGACUACGGCCUAGUACAUAUUCUCCAAAAAGAGGCUAUUUUUUUAUGUUUAGAAAACGAGAACGUGUUGGUUACUGGAUGGUCUGAAGCUAAAGAGAAAGAACUAAAGGAUAAGAUUCAUUGGAUGGGAGGAAGAACUUCAGAUUUUUUUAAUGAAACAGUGACUAUUCAACUUGGAAACAAAAAUUUUCUUUUAGAUUCUACUGUUCCAGUUCCAGCAAGCAAAAAGAUUGUUUCGGUGCAAGAAGAGUGGCUGGAUUUAUGUUGGAAACAAGCUUUUGAAAAAUGCCUUUUUAGAGUUUGUGACAAAGAUAAUCGACGGAACCACCGAAAGUGGAAGCCUUUUUUCGGGUAUACAAUUUGUGUAACCCAAAUAAAGCCUAGAGAAAGAAUUAAAUUGAAAGAGUUGAUUGAAAUUAACGGUGGGAUUUAUACUCCUGAACUUCAUAAAAACUGUACUCAUCUAAUCUGCGAAAGCCCCGAAGGUUUGAAAUUUGAGCAUGGCUGGCGAUGGGGAGUUCUUUGCGUUUCUAAGGAUUGGCUUUUGCAUUCAAUCCGCCUUCAAGUCCCCCUCGACGAAGAUUUUUUUUUGCUGGAAGCCUUGAAACAGAAAGGCUUUUCUUUGCUUGAAAAAAAUAAAACUUUUGAAGAAAAAACUUUUUGCGUUCAAGCAUUUGAUGAGGAGUACACAAAGGCAAUUGUUAGGAUAGUAAAGAAAAACGGCGGGGUUUUCAAUAAGAGUGGGUCAUGUGACUUUUUAAUUUGUCCAUUUGGAUUGGCAGAUUUUACACAAAUCAGUGAUUGCCAUUCGCAUAAACAAAUUGUUAAUGAGUUCUGGUUGGAGGCAUGCUUAUCUCGAAACCAGCUUUGUUCUCCCGAUUCCUGCUUUAUCUAUUCAAAUUUAUUUAGAAAUAAGUUAUGA